ACACGAACCACAAUCCUGUUGCACCGGAUGUAGCCAACGAGCUAACGCUAGGCUAGUUAGGUGUAGCUAGCUUUAGAUAAUUGACAGUGUACGCAGCUGUAGAAUGGACGUCAUACACGCAGCUAUUGAAGGAUAGUAAUAAAAGCUGGUGUUACUUUAUUUCACUUCUACAUUGCUGUUGUCGUCGGCAUCUUCGAUUUAGUUGUUUUCAUCAUUAGCGGUCCCGUGUUGCUCUGUUAGCCAGUUAGCCUCCUCAGGUAGGUGCAGCUGUGUAUGGGUGUCUGACUUAGCAGUGACUUCACCGGCAGUCUGGUUGCCUGAUCUCGCAUUUUGGACACGUCAAGGUUCCGCAAAUUUGUAUCUUUGUUUUGGGGGGUGUGAUGUCGGAACCCAAGACCCCCACUCCCACCCCUGCUGGCGACACAUACAAAGGAUGGGUGUUCAAAUGGACUAAUUACAUCAAGGGAUAUCAGCGGAGGUGGUUCGUCCUGAGCAAUGGACUGUUGUCGUACUAUAGGACCCAGGCAGAGAUGGGUCACACAUGUCGGGGCACAAUCAACUUAGCAACAGCGACUAUCACUGUAGACGAUGCCUGCAACUUUGUCAUCUCCAACGGCGGGGCGCAGACGUAUCACCUGAAGGCCAGCUGUGAGGUGGAACGUCAGCGCUGGAUCACUGCCCUCGAGCUGGCCAAAGCCAAAGCGGCCCGCAUGCAGGCCGAGUCAGACGACUCCGGCGACGACUUCUCUCUGUCAUCCCCACCGGCGGCGCCUGGACAAGGCGGAGGGUCGCAAAAUUCCGAAGUCCAGUCUGCUCUCAGAACACUGGGCAGCAAGGUGGAGGAUCUCAGCACGUGCAACGACCUGAUCUCGAAGCAUGGCUCUGCCCUCCAGAGAUCUUUAUCAGAGCUGGACAGUUUACGUCUGACUGGAGAGGCUGGGGAUAAGAUUCGUCAGGUGACAGAAAGGGCCACGCUGUUCCGCAUCACCUCUAAUGCCAUGAUUAAUGCGUGCCGAGACUUCCUUGCGUUGGCUCAGGCUCACAGUAAGCGAUGGCAGAAGGCCUUGCAGGCAGAACGGGAGCAAAGAGUGAGGCUGGAGGAGACUUUAGAACAACUGGCCAAACAGCACAAUCACUUGGAGCGAGCAUUUAGAGGGGCUGCACAGGUUAAUGCUAGUGCAGACAAUAAAAGUGUUGCCGGGCCAGGAAAAGGUGAAGCCAGCGAUGAGGACGAUGAUAAUGAGUUUUUUGAUGCCAUGGAGGAAGCACCAGAGUUUAUCACUGUACCUGCAGACCCUCAGUUCCACAAACGGUCAAGCAGUAGUGUCAGCGGCUUCAACAGUGAAAUGUGCCCUGACGAUCAAUCACUAAAUGAGGAGCCUCUUGCAAUGAACCAAGAGUCCCCCUCUCUGGAGCUGGUGCCCUUGAAGAAGAGACGGACACGUAUCCCAGACAAACCCAAUUACUCCCUCAACCUUUGGAGUAUAAUGAAGAACUGCAUCGGCAAAGAGCUCUCCAAGAUCCCCAUGCCUGUAAACUUCAAUGAGCCUAUUUCCAUGCUGCAGCGGUUGUCAGAGGACCUCGAGUACCACGAGCUGCUGGAUAAGGCCGCAAAGUGUCAGAGCUCUCUGGAGCAGAUGUGCUACGUGGCUGCCUUCUCCGUGUCCUCUUACUCUACCACUGUCCACCGCACAGGAAAGCCCUUUAACCCGCUGCUGGGGGAGACGUACGAGCUGGAUCGCCAGAGAGAGAGCGGCUACCGCUCGCUGUGUGAGCAGGUGAGCCAUCACCCUCCUGCAGCGGCGCAUCAUGCGAUAUCUGAUCGUGGUUGGACUCUGAGGCAGGAAAUCACAGUUGCCAGCAAGUUCAGAGGGAAAUACCUGUCAAUUAUGCCAUUAGGCACAAUUCAUGCAAGCUUUGAGAAGAGCAACAAUCACUACACAUGGAAGAAGGUUACCACUACAGUGCACAACAUUAUUGUAGGAAAGCUGUGGAUUGAUCAGUCUGGAGAGAUAGACGUUGUGAACCACACCACAGGAGACCGCUGCCACUUGAAGUUUGCUCCUUACAGCUACUUCUCCAGAGACAUAGCAAGAAAGGUGACAGGUGUGGUGAUGGACAAAGACGGCAAAGCCCACUACGUGCUCUCAGGCACGUGGGACGAGAAGAUGGAGUUCUCCAGGGUGAUGCAGAGCAGCCGAGGAGGAGAGAACGGCACAGAGGGCAAGCAGAAGACCGUCUAUCAAACCCUCAAAGCCAGAGAGCUGUGGAGGAGGAACCCUUUACCCGAGGGAGCAGAAACCAUGUACUACUUCACCUCCCUGGCUCUGACCCUGAACGAGCCUGAGGAGGGCGUGGCGCCCACCGACAGCCGACGCCGACCCGACCAGCGUCUGAUGGAGGACGGCCGCUGGGACGAGGCCAACUCGGAGAAGCAACGGCUGGAGGAGAAGCAGCGCAGCGCCCGGCGCGAGAGAGAGAGGGAAGCUGCCAGCCAGCGCACCUCCAGCCAGUCAGAAGAAGCUGUCGAUGACGACUCUCAUACUGAUCCCUCCUUAAAAAGCAAGUAUCCCUAUUUUCAUCUCUUUUCCUGUCACUUCCGUAUGCUUCAGCUCCUGUUUUUCUGUCGAGAUUUUUUUCCCCACAAUGCUUCUCUCUUUCAGGUGCACUUCAUGACAACUACCAGGCACUUUGGUUCGACCGCUGUGUGGACCAGAUCACAGGUGAGCAGGUUCACAUCUACAAGGGAGGCUACUGGGAGGAGAAGGAGCGUGGCAGCUGGGAGGGCUGCCCGGACAUAUUUUGACCUUAGCAUUGACUACGAAGUGCCCCGAUGAAACUGACCAUCGAGCCGUCUUAAAAGUUCCCGACUACUCGUACGGCUGCUCCCCCUUCCAGUGGCUCUCUGUUCUAAGAGAUCUCCAGGACGGUCACUGCUGUCAGAUCAAGAGGGAGAGCAGGAUUUUCCCUCCCUCCUUCCAUAUCGGUCCCCGUCUCCACCACUCUUAGCAUCUACCCCUUUUUUUCUGUUACAUAUCUGAGAGAACUGGAAUAAAAAAACAUCUGGGCUUUGACAGGGUGGAGGAGAUGAAAUGAGCAGUGCUUCCAAGUCUAUUGUCAGAAGAGGUUUCUGUUCUGCAUCCACAGCAUAGUCUGCUUUGGUGAUCACUUUACAAAAAAAAAAAAGGGGGAGGGUAAAAUCUGGUUAAUAUAUACAUUUAUAUAUAAUUAUAAUUAAAAUUAUUGUCAAUAUAAUGUCAACUAGUGGCCUUUCAGACAUUAUUAAGGGUUUUUUGGUUGUUUUUUUCCUCUGAUUUAGUGUCUUAAUGUAAUGAAAUGAAGUUUCUAGUGUGCUUGUGUGUAUGACUGCUUCUCUGCUCUUCCAACUCCACACACCAGGGACACUGUGCAGUGCAUCGUGCUUCAAAAUGAUUGUCACACUGUCAUUUUUUUAAUAGUUCGCAGAUUGUUUUUCCUAAUCGUGACUUAAUGGAAAAAUCUGACGGUGUUACUAUGAGUCCUGAACAGUUUUUCUCUUCGCCUUAGAAAUGAGCAGCGUGCUCUCACUUGUACUGCACACAUCACACACACACGAGUCCAUUUACCUGCUGGAGCUGUUUAUUUGAGCAAACAUCAGUAACUUUGAGGAAUCAAGUGGGGGGGAAGUGGCUCCAGAUCUGCACAAAUGUUUUUUCAUGACUAAGAAAAUCUGACAUUGCUCCAAUUUUAUUCAAUAUUGAUUAAUGAAGUGACCCUUUUUCACUGUGUUCAAAUAAUAUUUUGCCAUUUUGCCGCAACGCCAGUGAGUUGGAUUGCUGUAAAAUGUUUUUAAAAAGAAAGAGUUCAUACAUAUGCAAGUACACUUUGACACCAAAAACACGGUGUGUGUGUUUGUGUGCAUGUGCGCACACUUCAUAAUUUUGUUUGUAAGUGUACUUAAAAAUGAAGAAUAAAUACAGAAUUUAAAAGCAUUACAAAUUAUGUUUUUUAAAUGUAUAGAAAAUCAUACUAUAGUAAUGAUAACUGUAAGGUAGUUUUUCUUGUAUUUUUGGUUCCUCGUAACAUUGGGGGAGGUUUGUCUUCAUUUUCAGAAAAAAAAAGGGAGUUUGUGUGCUUCACUGAGAGGGGACACAUGACAUUGUUCAGUAUUUUGUAUUAACACAGAAAAAGAGAAUCUGUAAUAAAUGCUAUGAUGUCAAACAAA